AUGUCAACCGCAAAAUCCCUCCUCGACCAGAUCUGGGCGCGCAACAGAAAUCAGCACCGCGCCCAGUCGUGGUGGAAGUCCUUGGGGAUGUUGAGGAAAGCCAUUACUCGCGUGGUGGCCAUGAAUGAUGCAGAACGCUCGCUCCGACUACAGAGCAACGCCGGCGUCGGUGCCACGGAGGCGAAAGAAGUCAGGAAACGGUUCGAGCAAGAGAGUCAGAUCCGACGUGAGAGAGACCUAUGGUUUGACUGGAUGCGCGAGGUCCUCGUGCCUCGCGCAUACGUUGGGUUCACGGGCUUGGUGAGCGACAGUCAAUUCGCCGCUCUAGGAGUCGUGCUCGUCGGUAUCCUUGCGGACGUGAUGAGUGUGGUUGGUGCGCCGACGCGUUCAGUGGACGAGGAUGACCGCGGCGAACAGGCAUUGCACGCCGACAAGGUGACCAGCAAAGAACAGGGGGGUGCCAGGGUUCUGACAGCCACGAGUCUAAAGGUCACAGGCCUGCAGAGCGGUGAGGUCGUGGAGAGGAUUUACCACAGCGACGACGUGGGUGAGGUGGUUGAACGGACGAAGCUCGAAAUAUCCCGGGAUCAAGUACGUCUGCCGGCUCGUAAAGAUGUACCCACAGCCGACGAUGGAUCGGCUGCCUAUGUGACUGAUUCCCCGAGCGUCGGCUCGGAUGGUUCAAAGGGGACUGGGGUGUCGGAUGCGGUGCUCAACUUCAAAGCCAAUCGAGGCGACCGCGACAGAAAGAAGCAGAAGCAAGACCCGAAACUUAAGCCGCUUGGAAACAAGGAUGUGGAAUCUGAGAGCAAGAGCAAGAAAAAGAAGAAGAAGAACGCAAUCGACGACAUGUUCGCCGGCUUCUUGUGA